AGGACGCGACGGCACAGAUGGCAAUGUUGCAGUUCAUCUCCAGUGGCAUCCCCAGGGUUGCCGUCCCCUCAACCAUACACUGCGAUCAUCUGAUCGAAGCCCAGGUCGGCGGCGAUAAAGACUUGGCCCGAGCGAAGGACAUCAACAAAGAGGUCUAUAAGUUCUUGAGCACUGCUGGAGCUAAAUAUGGAGUCGGCUUCUGGAAACCCGGCAGUGGUAUCAUUCAUCAGAUAAUUUUGGAGAACUAUGCCUUUCCUGGAGUAUUGCUCAUCGGAACCGAUAGUCACACUGUAAACGGUGGCGGAUUAGGAGGUCUGUGCAUUGGUGUGGGCGGUGCUGAUGCGGUCGAUGUGAUGGCAGACAUCCCAUGGGAGUUGAAGUGUCCGAAUGUGAUUGGAGUACAUCUGACGGGAAAACUUAGCGGUUGGACGUCUUCUAAGGACGUUAUCCUUAAAGUGGCCGAUAUUUUGACAGUAAAGGGCGGAACGGGUGCUAUCGUUGAGUAUUACGGGCCGGGCGUCGACUCAAUCUCGUGCACAGGGAUGGGAACCAUCUGUAAUAUGGGCGCUGAGAUCGGGGCCACGACUUCAGUGUUUCCCUACAAUAAGCGAAUGAAAGAUUACUUGUCGGCCACUAAUCGUAAGGACAUCGCAGAGGCCGCCGAUCAGAACAAAGACCUAUUGACCGGUGAUUCCGGUGCUAAAUACGAUCAGGUGAUUGAAAUCAAUUUGUCGGAACUGGAGCCU